AUGGCACAGACGACGGUGGAAAAUCGCGGUCCAUCCUCAUUCAAAGCAGUGGCUGCUGCCUUCAUACCAACUUUCGUUCUCGCCAGUCUGUUUGUCUCAGCAUUUGUGAUAGUCAGGCCCAAAUUUCCAAAAAUCUACUUCCCCAGGACGUACCUGGGCACAAUACCGAGAAAGGACCACACGCCAUGUCAGAGUCGCUCGUAUUGGGAUUGGGUACAUACCAUGAGAGUGGUGCCUGACAAAUUCACCCUUUACCACCAGUCCAUCGACUCAUACCUCUUCUUGCGAUUCCUCCGAACCAUGAUCUUCAUCUGCGUUGUGGGCUGUGUCUUGACAUGGCCAAUCCUGAUGCCAAUCAAUUCCGCUGGUGGAGGUACAGGCAGCGAACUAGAUCGUGUCACGAUCGGCAAUGUUGCAGAGACGAAGUACCUGUACGCUCAUGCUGUCAUUGCUUGGGUUUUCUUUAGCUUUGUCAUGUUCACGGUGGCCAGAGAGCGACUGUGGCUCAUCGGACUGCGUCAAGCGUGGAACUUGUCAAAGCCCAACGCCAAUAGACUAUCAUCACGCACAGUAUUGUUCUUAUCGGCACCGACAGCUGCUUUGGAUGAAAGCAACAUGACACGAUUCUUUGGACAUGAUGCUGUCAAGGUCUGGCCAGUGACCAAAGCGCAAAAACUGCAGAGCCUCGUCUCAUCCAGGGAUACAAAAGUCGAUGAACUUGAGACUGCAGAGAUUUCGUUGAUUCAAAAAGCAAAUGAAGAAGGGAGAAGAAGCCAGGCUAGGCAUAAUGGACAGAGGAUCACUUAUGGCAGCCUCUCCGACAGCGUCAAACAGUCGCUUAGACCGACCCAAAGGCUGAAAACUACAAAGCCUGUGGGCAAGCAGGUGGAUAGCAUUGACUACUCCCGCAACCAGCUUUUGGAAACAGAAGAGGAGAUUAACAAGGCGCGAGAAUCUAACGCGAGUGCACAGAACCAUCAUGGCGCAGCUGCAGUCUUUGUACAGUUUCGCACGCAGUCUGCGGCGCAGAAGGCGUACCAACAGGUCGCAUCGUCGGAUAUAUUGUCUCUCACUCCACGCUUUACUGGUGUUCAACCGAGCGAGAUCACCUGGGAAAACCUCACGAUCGAGCCCUCUAGGCGCAUAUCGCAAAGCAUACUGGCACAUGGCCUGGUCAUCGCUUUGAUCAUCUUCUGGUCCAUUCCCGUUGCAUUCGUUGGUGCGGUGUCGAACGUCUCGUACCUGGCGGAGAAUUUCAAGUUCCUCAGCUUCCUCAAUCGACUACCGGACAGUAUUAUCAACCUCCUGACUGGAUUGCUUCCGCCUCUACUUUUGAGCGCGCUCAGCAAAUAUGUGCCGAAGAUUUUCAGAUAUAUCUUCACCACGUUUGGAGAACCUACCAAGACAUCUACUGAGUUGAAGGUACUGAAGUGGUAUUACGUAUUCCAGGUCUUACAGGUCUUCCUGGUAACCUCGCUCUCUUCCGGCGCUGCGACCGUAGUCUCCCAGAUCGCGAAGAAUCCCAACAAGGUACCUGAGCUGCUCGCCGAGCGCCUGCCUCGUGCAUCAAACUCCUAUCUUACGUAUUUCGUCGUUCAAGGUUUAACCAGCGCCUCCGACAACCUCCUCAACUACUCAGAUGUUCUGUCGUAUUUGUUCUAUGACAGGUUCUUCGAUAAGACACCACGCCAGAAGUACAACAGCUACAUUACGCUGAAAGGCAUGCAAUGGGGCAAAUUGUUCCCCAAGUAUGUCAACUUCGUCAUCAUCGCGAUUGUAUACUCUUGCAUCGCACCCUUGGUUCUGGGCUUUGCUGCCGCAGGUCUAGUCCUCUUCUAUCUCAGCUACCGUUACAUGCUUCUCUUCACCGCACAGCCAAAGGUCGACACAAAGGGACACUGCUACACACUUGCGCUGCAGCAAAUGCUCACCGGCGUGUACAUCGCCGAGCUCUGCCUAAUCGGACUGUUCAGCCUUAGAGGUGCUUUCGGGCCAACAGUGAUGCUCGGCAUCUUGCUUCUCGUCACAAUCGUCUUCAAUAUCCUUACCAACCGCCACUUCACCCCUCUCGAGCAGUACCUGCCCGCAGACCUAGCCCUCGACGGCAGCAGCGACGAAGACGACGAAGAAGCGCCCCUCCUCUCGUCCGUAGAAGAAGGCCAGUCCGACGCAAUCAGCCGCGAGAACGCCCGCAUCAACCGAAUUAGCAGCGCGAUCCGAAUCUCGCCCCGAGUCACAGGCCCGCUGGCCCGGUUCUUCGAGCCGCAUAUCUUUGCGAGCCACAAGGCAAUGCAGCAAUGGCUUCGCGACGGCGACUUCGACGAGGACCAUAUCCCCGAGUACAGUGAUGAUGAUGUGCGCAAGGCGUAUCUUCAUCCGGCGUACUCGAGCCAGACGCCGGUUAUUUGGCUGGCGAAGGACGAUAUGGGUGUUAGCAAGAAGGAGAUGCAGGAGAACGAGAAGAAGGAGCUUAAGACCAGUGAUGAAGGUGCGUGGAUAGAUAAGGAAGGUAAGUUGAGGUGGAGUGUGGAUGACUUUGAUAAGAUUCCGAUCUUCAAGAAGAGUAGGCAGUGGUAA